AUGUUACUCGCACAAAACGACGACGUGGCCCUGCCGAAGCUUUCUUUCGGCAUGCUGAACCUGAUUUUCGGCCGGAGUAAGUCGGUGACGAUAAACGAAGCCGACCCAUCGUACAAAUGCAUCUACCUAGGAAACGUGAUCACGCCUUGGGCGAAAAACAUCGAAUCCGCCGCCAAUACUCUCUGGAACAACCACGUCCGACGGCAGGUUAGCACUCAGAUGAAAGUCAGCCUGACUCGACAGGGAAUCAAAGCCUGGACCGAGCAACACGGACUCACUGAGUACUGGGCGUCACGCAUAACCUUCUGUGCCGUGUCACCGCAACAGCCAAGCAUGUUCUGUUGGGUGUACCGACACGAAACCACCCGGAACCUCAAGCAAGAACUCCGCUGUCACGCCGUUCUCUGCUCGAAAGCCUCGCAGAUGGAGGACCAAUUGCAGCAGAGACUGUGCGAGGCUCUGCAAGAGUUCCGUCGGGAGAAAAUCGCCGCGCAGAGAGCUCGUCUAUUGACCGGUCACACGAACGCACGCAGGCAGAUGCUGUCUACGGGAACGUCGAAUUACCGGAGACCACGCGUCCUCAAACUGGAUUCGAUCGAAGAAACGAUCGAAGCCACACCAGAAGACGACAACGACAACGUUUCCCAGGAAAGUGGCUACGCCUCGGUGAGCAUCUGA